GGACAACAUUAGCCCUCGUUUCUCCCCACAGUUGGGAGAUUUUGGUGUUUUUCUCUCCGGGACCUUUUGUUUUAAGCUUCAGGACUCAGGACUCACGGAUCCAGUUACGCACGGUAUGAUGGAUAGAUAGCAGGAGGAAGAGGAAGAGAAGAUGUCGUUCUUUGGGGUGGACUGUGUCAGGAAGAAAGAGAGAGAGCUGGAGAGGAAACUCCGCGCCAACGACCGCGAGUACAACCUCUCCUUUAUAUACGCAACGAACGCCAUCAAGACCUCCAAGUACAACCCCUUCACCUUCCUACCUCUUAACCUGUUUGAGCAGUUCCAGAGGAUCGCUAACGCCUACUUCCUGUUUCUGCUGGUGCUCCAGGUGAUUCCUCAGAUCUCCUCUCUGUCCUGGUUCACCACCGUCGUACCUCUGGUCCUCGUGCUGACAGUCACCGCUGCCAAGGAUGCCACCGACGAUAUCAAUCGCCACAGGAGCGACAAUCAAGUCAACAACAGAAAAGUUCAAGUCCUUAUUGACAGAAAACUGCGCAGCGAGAAAUGGAUGGACGUCCAGGUGGGAGACAUCAUCAAACUGGAAAACAACCAGUUUGUCACCGCCGACCUCCUGCUGCUCUCCAGCAGUGAACCACUGAACCUGGUGUACAUCGAGACGGCAGAGCUGGAUGGAGAGACUAACCUGAAGGUGAGACAGGCCCUGACCGUGACAGGAGACCUGGGAGAGGAUAUCGAAAAACUGGCCGACUUCAACGGUGAGGUACGCUGUGAACCCCCCAACAACCGCCUCGACCGCUUCACAGGAACGCUGACCUACGCCGGACAGAAAUACUCUCUGGACAACGAGAAGAUCCUGCUGAGAGGCUGCACCCUGAGGAACACCGAGUGGUGCUUCGGACUGGUGCUGUUUGGAGGUCCGGAGACGAAGCUGAUGCAGAACUGUGGGAAGAGCACGUUCAAGAGGACCAGCAUAGACCGCCUGAUGAACGUCCUAGUCCUCUGUAUCUUUGGUUUCCUGGCCUUCAUGUGCACCAUCCUGGCGAUCGGAAACUGCUUCUGGGAGAUGAACGAGGGCUCUCAGUUCAUGGUGUUCCUGCCCAGACAGGACGGAAACAACGCCCCCUUCUCCGCCUUCCUCACCUUCUGGUCCUACGUCAUCAUCCUCAACACCGUGGUGCCCAUCUCUCUCUACGUCAGUGUGGAGAUCAUCCGCCUGGGAAACAGCUUCUACAUCGACUGGGACAGGAAGAUGUACUACUCCCGCAACGACACGCCCGCCGAGGCUCGCACCACCACGCUGAACGAGGAGCUCGGACAGAUCAAGUACGUGUUCAGCGACAAGACGGGGACGCUCACCCAGAACAUCAUGACCUUCAACAAGUGCUCCAUCAACGGGAAGACUUACGGUGACGUGUUCGACUACAUGGGUCAGAGAGUAGAAGUCACAGAGCACACAGAGAGGGUGGACUUCUCCUUCAACCAGCUGGCCGACCCUCGCUUCCUGUUCCACGAUCACGCGCUGGUGGAGGCGGUGAAGCUGGAGAACCCGGAGGUCCACGCCUUCUUCAGACUGCUGGCCCUCUGCCACACCGUCAUGGCGGAGGAGAAGAAAGAGGGCGAGCUCUUCUACCAGGCCCAGUCUCCGGAUGAGGGAGCGUUGGUAACGGCGGCCAGAAACUUUGGGUUUGUCUUCCGCUCACGAACACCAGACAGCGUUACCAUCGUGGAGAUGGGACGGCAGCGCAGCUACGAACUCCUCGCUCUCCUGGAUUUCGACAACGUCCGCAAGAGGAUGUCCGUCAUAGUCAGGAGUCCGGAGGGGAAACUCUCUCUCUACUGUAAAGGUGCAGACACAAUCAUCUACGAGAGGCUGCAUCAGUCCUGCAGCAAGCUGAUGGACGUCACCACCGAACACCUAAACGAGUUUGCAGGUGAGGGCCUGCGGACUCUGGCGCUGGCCUACAAGGAUCUGGAUGAGGAGUACUUCAACCAGUGGAAACAGCGCCACCAUGAGGUCAGCACCUCGCUGGACGACCGGGAGGCCAAACUGGACGAGCUGUACGAGGAGAUAGAGAAGGAUCUGCUGCUGCUCGGAUCAACAGCCAUCGAGGACAAGUUACAAGACGGAGUUCCUCAGACUAUCGAGCAGCUGUCCAAAGCCGACAUCAAAAUCUGGGUUUUAACUGGAGACAAGCAAGAAACUGCAGAGAACAUCGGGUACUCGUGUAACUUACUGCGGGAGGAGAUGAACGAGGUCUUCGUCGUCUCUGGAAACUCACCUGAGGAUGUCAGACAGGAGCUGAGAAAUGCACUGACCUGCAUGAAACCAGGAGAUGAUUCGGGAUUUCUCCCAGAAAGCAUUUUGCGUAAAGGUGUGAAAGUGAUCUCAGACGAGGUGGCAAACGGAGAGUACGGCCUCGUCAUCAACGGACACAGCCUGGCGUACGCCCUGGAGUGCAGCAUGGAGCUGGAGUUCCUGAGGACGGCGUGCAUGUGUAAGGCGGUGAUCUGCUGCAGGGUGACUCCUCUGCAGAAGGCUCAGGUGGUGGAGCUGGUGAAGAAGUACAAGCAGGCGGUCACACUGGCCAUAGGAGACGGAGCCAACGACGUCAGCAUGAUCAAAGCGGCUCACAUAGGAGUGGGCAUCUCAGGUCAGGAGGGCAUGCAGGCCGUUCUGUCCAGCGACUACUCCUUCGCCCAGUUCCGCUUCCUGCAGCGCCUCCUGCUGGUGCACGGCCGCUGGUCCUACCUGCGCAUGUGCAAGUUCCUGCGCUACUUCUUCUACAAGAACUUCACCUUCACCUUCGUCCACUUCUGGUACGCCUUCUUCUGCGGCUUCUCUGCACAGACGGUGUAUGAUGAGUGGUUCAUAACACUCUACAAUCUGGUGUACACAGCACUACCUGUACUGGGAAUGAGUCUGUUUGAUCAGGAUGUGAACGACGUGUGGAGUUUCCAGCAUCCUCAGCUCUACGUUCCCGGUCAACUCAACUUGUACUUCAGUAAGAAGGCCUUCUUCAAGUGUGCCCUCCACAGCUGCUACAGCUCCCUGGUGCUCUUCUUCAUCCCCUACGCCGCCAUGCACGACAGCGUGAGGGACGACGGGAAGGACGUCGCCGACUACCAGUCCUUCGCCCUCCUCACACAGACGUGUCUGCUGUUUGCCGUCACCAUCCAGUUGGGGUUUGAGAUGUCUUACUGGACGGCGGUGAACACUUUCUUUGUGUUGGGCAGUCUGGCCAUGUACUUCGCUGUCACCUUCGCCAUGUACAGUAACGGCAUGUUCCUCAUGAUGCCGUCAGCCUUCCCUUUCAUAGGAACGGGCCGAAACUCUCUGAACCAGCCCAACAUUUGGCUGACGAUCCUCCUCACCUCCAUCCUGUGUGUUCUUCCUGUUGUUACCUACCGCUUCCUGUUCAUUCAGCUCUGCCCCACCAUCAACGACAAGGUGAUGUUCAAGGUGCGACAGGCCAAAGCCAUGCCUCCCCCUCCGCCCCGACGCACCCACAUCCGCCGCACCAGCUCCCGCCGUUCGGGCUACGCCUUCUCCCACGCUCAGGGCUACGGGGACCUGGUGACGUCGGGCCGGUUCCUGCGGCGCCCCGCCCUGCCGCGCUCUUCGGGUUUCACCAACGUGGGUCGAACCACCACGAGCUUCAGCCCCAUGGGACGGUCGGCCGGCUACAGCCCGACGGGACGCCCCCAGAACGCCAAGGCCCCAGAUGUGGAGGCGACGUCGCUGCAGAUGUACAGGACCAUCAGAGAUGCCGCCCUCUGACGGACAGCUGGAUAACUUCAGGAUGGAGGAUUGAAGGAUGGAGGAUUAAUGCAAACUGGACAGAUGUUUGCUGCUGGAAAGGUGUUGAAAGCUCACAUCUGUACAUCUGUUCCCAGAACUUGCUCGGGCUUUCCAGAGAACCUAACGUCAAACUAUGUUCAUGAUCCGUCUCUGAUCUGCUCAGACGAGGUUACAAAAGUUCACCUCUUCCUUUCCAGUGGUUUUAUCAAAGGGAACUACAAGAAAAAGGUGUCGCCACUCCUGAUGGAUCACUUUCCUUCAGAGCAUGAGUGUUCGUGCGAAACAUGCCUUAUGCAGAUGAAAUCUUUCUGACACUAGAAACAGUAAGAGAUUCACUUUCAGGUAGGAACAACCACAGAAGGGAAACAUUUUUAUCUUCAGGAGGAGGACAAAGUGUCUUCAUGUUUACAGGAUACCCAGGCUUCCUUUUCCCCCGUGAGAGUCCAGAUGCACAGCGGGCCUUUGUACGGAGGACACAACACGCUAAGCCAUUUGGUAUAAGAAUAUUUUUAUUUUGCAUUUUAUUUUCCUAUCUGGCAAGCUGUUAGCACUUUGGCAGCGUCACAUGACAGUGGGAGAAUGUUUGAAAAAUCACAAAUGUGCCGUAAACUUUGUGGCCGAGAGGAAAAGAAGUUCAGGAUAAAAAAAAAAGGAAAUUAGAGCAGGAUUCAGCAUUUGUUGGACAUUUUUUUUCUCCUUACAUGUUUGUUUAAUCACCUUCUGUUUCCUGAAAACAUAUCAUGUAAUUUAAAUGAAUUGAAUCGAAAAAAAACUAAUUAUUUCUGUGUAGCAGAUUCCAUUUUCAAUUCACACUCAAAUAGGACCGCCCCUUCUUUCAGCUGAUUUCUUUAGUAGACUAGUUGAUUUUGAUGCUGGGUGAAACUUAAAGAUUUAAAGUGGUGCUUUGGAGAGAUUAUUUAGGGAGUUUUACAAAUCUGUCGAUUGAAUUUACCUAAUCAAUAAUCAAUUCGUUGAGUGAUAGCCCUACACUGAAAACACAGGGACAUUUAAAUCACCGUGUUCAGUACCACUGUGCAAUCAGACAUUCUUUAUACUUUCAUUGUUUAUAAGUUGGAUGUUUUAUAGUGGUUAGAAUUAUUUUUUUUUUACAGAUAUUAAACAAGCUAUUGAUAAGAGAAAUGUUUGGUCUGCCAAGUUGUGGAAAACAUUCUCCGUCAUUUCAGAUAACUCCUCAAUGCAUCGAGAUGGAUUAUUGUGAAUUGAGAAACCUGCAAAGAUUUAUUUAUAACAGCAGACAUGAUGGUUAAUUAACUUACUUAUUUGGUUAAUAGUAAUUAUAAAAAUGGAUUUUUGAACUAAAGUAUGUCAUUCAAUAAUAUUUUCUUAAGUGGACUGCUACUAAUAAUAUUAAACUAUUUAUUAUAAUAAUUUGAAUGAAAUCAGUCGUCUGAAAAGAGAAAGUGGUGGUGGGCCAAAAGAAAAAGGAUAAAUAAAUAAAUAUGCGUGUACAGUAAAAGCUUAUAAAUCCAGUCAAACUGUCCGAUAGAAAAGUCGUCCUAUACAUUGUAGCAAGGUAUGCUGGAGGAGGACAGAUCCCAGCAUGCACUUGCCUGGAGGCGGGGUUUCACUCUCAGCUACAAGCAAUUUAAAAGCCACCAGUCAACCUGACUUGCUUUUGAGUUUUCCCAACCUGGCAACCCAGAAGUUUCUCUCUCUCUUAUGACUUAUUACUGAUCUGGUUAUUUAAAGUCAUUAGUUAUAACGAAUAAACACUGAAUACAGAAUGUCUUGGCAUGAAAUGUGUAGAACGUAUGAAGGUCUGUAUCAUACGUGAAACCAGAUCAUGUUUAGAUCCAGUUUAGAGUAAUCGUAGUAAAAAUACACCAGAAUGUGUCUUAAAUUCACCUUGAGAUUCAGCAAAACAAGUGCACUACGCCCUCUAUACGGGGUCAGGUGUGUCCACGUGUCGUUUAGAAUCCAUUUCAUCGUCUUCAGAGUUUUCUGGUGCGUUCACACCUGCAGUGAUCAGAUCACACAGGACCGUUCACAUCAACCGUUAAUCCUGCAGCAUAAAUCAGAAGGAUUGUAUUCCCCAUAUUAAAAAUCAGACUAUCAGAUACUGCAUUACAUCAUGCAUAGUGAUUAUUUUAAAAUCAUGUUGUUGUUUUUUUACCACAAGCUCGCUACUGUUUGUCAGACAAUCAACUCGGUAGUUAGUCGUAUUUCUUCUGAUAAAAAAGCUUUUUGCUGAAAAUACAAAAUAACUUGAAACCAAAUCACAGAGGCUGCCUUGAUAUUGAAAGAAAAGGAUAUUCCUUUAUUAUGCAACGCAGGAACAACAGUGACAAGAACGUUUGAUGGAAGAUAAGGGAUGUUAAAAAAUAAGUUUUAUGCAACCCAGUCAAACACAAGCAAUGUUUUAUGUCCUAUCAUUGUAAAGUCAGGUUUUAUUUUGAAAAGUCAUGUUCGUUGUUUUACUACUACCUGAAGAUGACAGCUGGUCUACAAUUUAUAACUUGGUGUGGGAAGUUUUAAAGAAUACUACAGGUUGAAUUGGUUUUAGAAUUAUACAAUAGUAAUAUUUGAUAGCCACCCAUAUUUUCCAUGUCUUGUGGUUUCCAUGGAGAUGAACUUGCUGAGUUUUUUCUCUCAUCAGUUUUUUCAUCUAUUAUUGUAAUUCAGAUUGUUUCCCAGACUUGAAUGUACUAGCCCACCAGGUAGCCCUCUAACCCUGGUGGUGAACCAAAGAUUAUUAAAUUAUGAGUGAGCUUCAUGAGAGGAUGUUUGAGAGAUGAACUGAAGGGAAAGAGAGUCUUCCUGGCUGAACUUUUCCCUGGAGGUCAGUGUGGUGACAACUCCGUUAUUAUUAACUGUAAAGUUUUAUAUAUAUAAAAAAACCAUUAACUGCACAUUUGUAAAACUGUUGCUGCAAUAAUUAAAUAUCCACCCAUUUGUUUUUGUUUUUUUUAAAUCAGAUUUUUGUUGUUUUUAUGAAACUUCUGGUUUGUCAUUUCAUUCAGAGCGUCCACCACACGACCCACUAAAGUCUCUUUUCCUGUUUUUCUGUGGUACCUCCCGAAGUAACUUGUAGCCAGAAUGAAAAAUAUAUUUAUCAAUAUAUUAUCAUCAUUAUAUCUCUAUCCUGAAACUGCUUCUUAAAUAUGACCAAAAAUAUCUAUUUUUUAAGUUCCGCUCUUCCUGAUAACCGUUUUGUAUCGUUUUGUACUGAAAGUUUUUACUGCAAUAAAAAAAGAUCUAAAAGAUCAA